AGUACUACAUCUUCUACUACUACCUCCUUCUUUUCUUCUUCCUUGAGAGCCGGCGCCACCUUCAGCGCACAGGAGUAUGCCACCGCGACUGACGCCGAGUCAGCGACAGGUCAUGUCUCUCUACCGCAAAGGGCUUCGAUCCAUCCGUGACAAGCCCGAGGGCUCACAGCCUGCAUUCCUCCUCUACCUUCGCCACUUCUUCAAACAUCCAUCUAUGGGUGGUGGAGUGUCUCGCCGGGACUUUGCAGCGGUGGACUACAUGGUCAGGCGAUGUGAGAGGAUGCUCGAGAGUAUCUUUACCAACGUCACCGUCAAAGCAGUCACUGUUCCACAGGGUGCGAUCGAUGAGGUCAAGGCUAGUGCGAGAAUACUCAAGAGCGGACAAUUUGUACAUGGUCAAGGGAGGAAAUAGAGCUAUUGAGGAGAGCCCGGACUGUAAGCGAAGGGUUCCAAUUUCUUCUUAAUUCGGCGCACCUACCGGGAAGAGAAAUGCUAAUAUAACGGAGCUCGUCACUGGAACUUAACAGGCCGGACUGACGCUUCGGGUGAUACUCUCAUGUCCUAGUCUGCUGGCUGGCAUCAACAGAUAAGGUCGUCGUUUUGCUGCUUUCACCCAUUUUAUGGGCAAGCUCCCCUUCGAUGAUGUGUUCCGCCUGCCAGAGGCUUUGGACGAAAUCAUGGCCAAUGUCAAAUUUGAUACCUUGUGGAU